GCCAGGACGCGGAUGCUGGUGCUGAGGCGCGUUGCCCGAGGUCGCACCGUCUCGCCUCCGUCAGCAGCGGCGGCGGCAGCAGGGACAGUCAGCAGAGAAGAGGACCUUGACGCCACGCACCCGGGAGUAGAGAGGAGAAGGGCAUUCCGCGUGGUGGAGGCGGCGCACACGGGCUUCUGCGAGGCGCGAAUCGGCGGCGCCGGAGGGACGCGUAAAGGGAAGAUCCAGGAGGUGGGGCGGCCCUGUGAGUCACCCGCGGCCCUUGUGUCCCCUCUGGCCCCUCUGUGGCUCUCGUUAGGGGCGGAGCCUCUUGCAUGGUGGUGCUUGCGCGCACGCACGCCCCCUCCUCCCCCCUCCCGCGCCCUCCGCCCAGUGUACGCGCGCCGACGCCGGCGAGCGACACACAGGUGACGCGACACGUGCUGGCGCUCUGUGCGAGAGGGUCUGCGGUGCCACGGGCGGGGUCUUCAGUGCCUGCGAGAGCCAGGAGGACGCGAGAGGCCGAGGGCGUCGCGAGGAGGACCCGGGGAUGGGCGCUCGCUCCUAGGCCUAGGCGCGCCCCCUGCCCUGCCCCCGCGCGCGGAGAGUGCCUCAUCCUGCCCACGCCAGGGGGGCCCUAUGAAGAGCAUGUGCUGCUGCUGGGCCCCCCAGAAGGAACAGCUAAGUGACAGCGGGGGUCCGGGAGACAGCGGCGGCGGCGGCGGGAACAAUGUGGGCAACGGAGGCGGCGGCAACUCUCUCACCCGCGGCGGAUCCACGCGCGGCAGCCUGCGGAAGGUGCUGCCGUCGGUGCCCGACAUGGACCAGCAGCUGUCCAUGGCGGCCAAGAUGAUCGACCGCAGGACCUCCACGCCCAAAGGGAACCACUCCUACAGCCCCUACUUCCUCGAGUACACGCUCCUCGCCGAAUAUAAUCUAUUGCAGAAGCAGAGACUAUCAGGAGUUUAUGUUGUGCCAUCUGGCAAAUCACCGCUUGUGUGGUUUGGAGUCAUCUUCAUCCGUCAGGGAAUAUACCAGGAGGGAAUCUUCCGUUUUAACCUCCACAUCCCAGAGAAUUAUCCUGAUGGGGACGUGCCGACUGUGGUGUUUGAGACUCCAGUGUUCCACCCUCUAAUCGACCCUGAAACCUUGGAACUGGACAUCAAACGAGGCUUUGCCAAUAAGUGGCGUCGGAAUGUGAACCACCUAUGGCAUGUGUUGCUCUAUGUGCGCCGCUGUUUCUACAAGAUAGAGACAACGCAUCCUCUCAAUCCAGAAGCAGCUGUACUAUACGACAGCGACAAUGAAAUGUUCGUUCUGCGGGCACGAGCGUGUGUGGAUGCUAGCAAGGAGAUUGUGUAUGACCCACCGGCCACAAAUGACCCUCAUGCAAUAGUCUUUUCCCCUUAUCAGCCAGCAGUUCAUGAUUCAGUUCGUGAGGAAAUGAAAAAGGAGAGAAUAGCUGGGUCUGUCUGUAUAUAGUGAAAAUAGGAACAUUGAUUAAGUUCAUGCUAAAACUAAAUGACUCGGAAGGGUCCUUGAAGGAGGGCAGCAGCAGCAAUGGCCUCUCGUGGGUCAAACCAGGUACUCUGCAGAUCUUCUCGAAAGCAGCAUCUUGACAGACACCUUAAGCCUCAUAAGCCGCUUGGUCAGAAAACGUCUCACAGCUGUCUUGAGAUUAGGACUCUACAGUGUGCGUGUGUUGGUCUCUUUUUCCCUAAAAACAUGUGUCAGAACCUUACCCUGGGACUUUGGCUCCUAUCGGCUGAAGAUAUCCGUGGCCCAAUAGGUGCGUGACAUGGUGUACGUCUCUUUUAGGCGAGGUGUGUUUGCAGUCGGUGUCUGAGAGACCAAGUGACUCAAAUGAGUUUUAUAAUUUGAGGUGGUAUUUGUGAUGUCUCAUGAUGUGGGUGCUCUUGUGUGUCACAAACAUUUAAUACCAGACACAAACUUCUUAAAUGAUUUUUAUUUUUUGAUGCCUCAAAGUUUUUUGGAUAUUGCAACAUUUGAUUGUGUUUUGGAAUCAGCCCCCAGUGAAGAUUAAAUACAUAGGCUUUAACAUUAUUUUUUACUGUGAUGAAAUGUGUUACUGGAAGCCAGGUAUGACUAUCAAAAAACAGAAGGCAACGUUAUACUUAAUCUAUAUUAGAAAGAUUUCAAGCCAAUCUUGUGGAACCCAUUUAAACACCAUGGUUUUUAUUUUUCUCUUCCAAAAUGAUGUGUCAUAUUUGCUCUUUUAAAAGAGAGUUAAAAUAUAUUUUGAUGCUAUUACAAACACUUGUUAGUAUUUCUCAAUAAUUUUAGACUCUUUCUCUGUUACCCCAUAUAAUUAAGGAGUGUUUUUAACCAUUAUUCUUAAAAUUGCCAUAAGCAAGUAAAAAAAAAAAUAAUAAAAAAGCAUAAGAUUUAGCAUAUGCACUGAAGAGAGAACAAAAGCAACAUUCCCUCCAUUUUCAGAAGUAAAAAAGAAAAAAAUUCUCAGAUACUAAUAUGUGAUAGUUUGUCUUGUAGGAAUCGUCUACUUUUGUUCCAGCGUAAACCCCAGGAACUCUAGUCCCUCCAUGUUGUCUUAUACAUACAGCAUAUCUUCUCAGAUCAAACUAUUUCUUAGAGGUCAAGCCAAGUAACAUCUAUUUUUCCUUUCACUUUUUUUUAUUAUUCAUAUGGAGCGAAGUCAGUAAUGUAUCUAUGCAGAUUUUUUAUUGAUGUAAUCAGGCACUUUUUUAUGAAGUACUGAUUGGCAAUCUGUUUAAUUGUUUUGUACGAUAUGUAAAUAAAAUUAUUAACAAAAUU